AUGGAACCCAUCAGUGCCGUUGCAUCUAUCGUAACACUCAUUGCGCUUGCCAAAGAAAUUUCCUUUCUCACAACCGAUUUGUUUCGUGGUCUGCACUCUGCGCCUAGAGAGCUAGCACGACUGCAAGAACAGACCAACCUCAUUGUCAAGGAGCUCCAGUGUUUAGAAAGCAAUGCAAACCAGUCUGGAAUUGACCAACUGCUGGAUGGCUCUGAGAUUCGCACCUUAGGCGAGGCUCUCAAAGUGGCCAAGUGCAAUAUAGGUGCUAUUCACAAGGAAUGUGGAAAUCUCGGCCAAAAGUCAAAACGGCGGAUAAUGUGGGUAUUGUUUGAAAAGAAAAAGGCGGAGGAGUAUCUGAUGCAUCUUCAAAAAACGGAGAUUAGUUUGAGCGUCGUUUUGCAGCUCACCAAUAUGAAAAUGACUUCGACAGCCUAUGUAGAGACAAAACAGCACUUUAAAAAGACGCAGGAUGCCAUCGAAACACUCCGCAUAGAGCGACAGCUCCAGACGCCUUCCGCGCUUGUUCGACCCAACCAAAAUACUUCCAAGACUGCCCCCAAAAGCCAGCGAUAUCUCAAUGCACUCAUGCUAUCCGAAUUCUGGAAGUGGCUUCUAGCCUGCGAGCUGAUUAUCUUGACAACUACCGACGGAUCUCAACUGCGGUAUGACUGCCUUGCCAUAUUCUUACUUCCAACUCUGGCUAGGCGACUGGCAGUUAAGAUAUCACUCAGCUUUCAGAGACCUUCAUCCACAUGGAGUAACAUAGUUCUCCUUGGUGGUAGGCUCAGCAUGGUUAACUAUGUGCCCAACGACUCUGAAAUCAUCAUGGCCUGCAGAAAGGGUGAUCUUGUUGCGGUCCGCGACCUCUUUCGGCGGGGUAAGGCAUCUCCAAACGAUGUAUCUGAACGAUCAAAGACUCUGCUUUGGCAUGCUGCCGCAAGUGGAUCGACUGAACUUGCAGAAUAUCUAAUCCACGAAGGCACACCGGUUACUUCAAGCAUCCUUCUGGCCGCCGCGUACUGGAGACAACCACAAAUUGCGAGACUGUGCUUGAACAAUGACGCCGACCCUGAGGUCAUAGGAGUGGAAGGAUACACGGCAGCGAUCCUACUAUUCGGCUCCUCUCGUAAGCGGGAACCUCAGACGGAGUUCAUUGAGAUCCUUGCGUGCAACUCCUUCAGCAUCUUUGACGCUCAAGAUGAUUGUGGUUGGACUGCUCUUCACAGGGCAGCCGCCUUUGGUACGCAUGAAGAUGUUCGAUCUCUUUUGCGACUCCAAGCUUCUGUUGACGUUCGAACUUACAACUUAGAGUGGACGCCACUGUUCUGUGCUGUAUGCUUUGGCAACUUGGAGACGAUGCAAGAGCUGUGGUCUUGUUACGACAAUCCAGGCCAAACCAGAGAUCUGCGAGAGUGGAACUUACUUCAUGUUGCGGCUGGUGCGGGAAGGUUUAAUGUCAUGCCUUUCCUUUUGAAAAAUGGUGUUGAUCCACAGGCUGUCAGCCAGGCGACGUCUCGGUUUGUUCCUCCUUCCCUUGUUGAUCGUAGUGUCACGCCUAGCGAUGUUGCAAAGAGCUGUGGUGAGGACUCGUAUAGGAAGUGGACUGAGAUCCCGAAAACUACUGGUUUUAAGUCAAAGGUAUCGCCUAUAGACAUUGACUGGAGUUUGGAGGAGAUGCAAGGUAGAUAUGGGGGUUUUCACUGGGAGCGUGGUUCGCUGGGGUAG